AUGGGUAGGUCUUGGUUUGUUGGCGGGGCUUUGAAUCAUUUCAUUGUCGCUGCUGCUGUGCUUUUGGUGGUGGUUUUGAGCAAUGUGGAAGCCUACCCAGCCGAGGAUCUGGUUGUGAACUUGCCCGGCCAGCCAAAAGUUGGGUUCAGGCAGUUUGCUGGUUAUAUUGACAUCGACGUCAAGACUGGGAAGAGCCUGUUUUAUUACUUUGUUGAAGCCCAGUCCACUCCUCUGAGCAAGCCACUCAGUCUCUGGCUCAAUGGAGGACCGGGAUGCUCCUCCAUGGGUGGAGGUGCGUUCACAGAAUUGGGACCCUUCUAUCCAAGGGGUGAUGGCAGAAGCCUAAGAAUAAACAGAAUGUCAUGGAACAGAGCAUCAAAUCUCCUCUUCGUUGAAUCCCCUGCUGGAGUGGGAUGGUCUUACUCGAACACCAGUUCUGAUUAUAAGAUAGGAGAUGCCGCCACUGCCAUGGAUAUGCGCGUAUUCUUGAUCAAAUGGUUGGCUAAGUUCCCGGAGUACAAGUCCUUACCAUUUUUUCUCACAGGAGAAAGCUACGCAGGACAUUAUAUCCCUCAAUUGGCUGACCUCCUUCUUGAACACAAUGCUCACUCCAACGGCUUCAAGUUCAUCUUUGGUUUCUUUACUCCGGAAACUAAUUGUUUUCAAUUGCCAAAUGACUAG